AUGGCGGACCCCCUCCACACCGACGAAACCUCGCCGUUUCUCCAACGGCCUGGUAGCGCCGCGUCCCGCGAUGACCAACGUCACGAGCACCCCGCGGUCGCGCGGAAGCUGACCCUGGUCAAUGGCUUGGCCAUCGUUAUUAGCCUGCAGAUCGGCUCGGGCAUCUUCAGCGUGCCCUCGCAGAUCAGCCAGUUCGUCUCGGCGCCGGGGUACGGCCUGCUGGCCUGGCUGUUCGGCGGGCUGCUCGUGUGGACGGGAGCGGCGUCCUUCAUCGAGCUGGGGCUGAGGAUACCCAACAACGGCGGGAUCCAGGAGUAUCUCCGGGCGUGCUACGGCGAGUUCGCCGGGUUCCUCUUCACCUGGGUUUGGUGCAUCAUCAUCAAGCCGGCGGCGAACUCGAUGAUUGCUACCAUCUUCGCCGACUAUCUCACCGAGGCGUUCGUGCCGGACGGCCAGCCUCCAGAGCCGUGGGUGUCGAAGCUGAUCUCGGCCGGGUGCAUUGUCACCAUGACGCUCGUCAACUGUCUGGGCGCGACGGCGGGUGCGAAGGCGGCUAACCUGUUCCUGUUCCUGAAGAUGGCAGCGCUUACUGUCAUCAUUGUUCUCGGGUGCGGCGUCUGGGCGUUCGGUCACGGGGAAGGGGUCCCGUCGUCUGAAUACGGCUGGUUUGGCCAACCCCCCGACCAGCGUGAAGUUGGUCUGUGGGAGUGGCUGGGUAACUUUGGGACGGCAACCUUUGGGGCUCUGUGGUGUUACGCCGGUUGGGAAAUGGUCGGUUUUGUUUUGGGAGACAUGAAGAAUCCCCGACGAGACCUGCCCAUAGUGAUCAAUGGCUCCAUGGUCAUAGUGAUUAUCGGCUUCAUGCUGAUGAAUGCUGCUCUGUACGUCUGCUUGCCCAUGAGCGUCAUGCGAACGAGCAGCACCGUGGCAGUGGAGUUCGCGAAUCGGAUUCUUGGUAGCUGGGCCGGGCUCCUCUUCAGCGUAAUAGUGUCCAUCUCCGCAAUGGGUGCCUUGAACUCGAAUGUCUUCGCUACUGCCAAGCUUGUGGUCGUUGCAAGCCAGAGAGGCUUCCCGUUACUGCUGAAUUGCACAUUUUCGGUCGUCUAUGUCGUUGUAGGAAGCUUCAAUGGCUUAGUUACUUUCAUUGGCUUGGCGGCGUACACAAUCUUUUUCUCGUCAGCCGUGGGACUAAUCAUUCUCCGGCAAAGAGACGCUCGCGUACCAACAAUCAAGGGCGCCGAGUAUAGCACUUGGCUGAUAAACCCCAUCAUUUUCAGCGCCAUCAGUGGUUUGUUGGUGGUUAGGGGAGUCAUAUCCGAUCCUUUGCAGGGCGCGGCCAUCCUUUUGGUCGCCAUAUUCGGGGCCGGUGUCUUCUACCUCAGAUUCGGGUUACGUGGUUUCAAAACCACGGAGGAUAGAUAA